CUACCGCCGCAACAUGGCGUCCACCAUCGAAGAAAAAGGCGGAAGUUGAUGCCGAGGCUUACGUUGGCAGAUGUUGGCAGUUCGGGGUUGUCGAAGGAGCAAAUUGUAGAAAGGGUUUGUAAGUAAUCGAAAGUAAAAGAUGGACUGUAAGAAAGAAUGAUGGCGUGUGCUGAGGGGCAACUUUGUCGAGCAAGAGAGGAGAACGGCCGACAACAUCAGGGCGCCAUUUUUUCUACUCCAAUCGUGUACGUUCAAGAUGUCCAGCAGCUGCUGGCUACAACCUCCAGUUGCGAGCUACCGCAGCCCCUCCACGUUAAAGAGGAAGCGGAGGAGCCACUACCCCCCCAAGUUAAAGAAGAUGACCAUCCACAGCCCCCCCAUGUCAAAGUGGAAGAGGAGGAGUUUGACGUCAGCCACUUGCCGCUGAACGUCGUCAUCGUAAAGCGCGAAGACGACAAAGACGAAUUGGCCGAGUGGUCGCAACGUCAUCGGCGCAGCCCGAGUGGAGGAGCGCCACUCGGCGAGCUCUCGGCUCCGAUGUCCUGCAGUGACGAUGGGGAAGAUGCGAGCGAUGUGGACUGCGAAGAUCGGGACAAAGACUCCGAAAAGAAGAUGGGUAAAGAACGUUUCGGGUGCUCGGUUUGCGGCAAAAGCUUUUUGUACAAGUGCAUUUUGACCCGACACAUGCGAAGGCACACGGGAGAAAAACCCUUCGGUUGCCUGGUUUGUGCGAAAAGAUUUACUCAAAAGGUGCAUAUGGAAUCACACGCCAGGACACACACGGGAGAGAAACCCUUCACUUGCUCAGUUUGUUCCAAAACGUUUGCCCAAAAAGGAACCAUGAGUAGACACAUGACGACACACGCGGGACGACCGCCGGACGAGCUUCCGGAUCCACUCUCGCAUGAUGACGACACGACGGAACCUUUGAGGAGCCCAAACCCUUUGAAUUGUUCAGUCUGCGGUGAGCGAUUCCAUCACAACGUGGCUUUGAUUGCGCAUGCGGCGAUGCACGUGGGAGGAAAACCUUUCACAUGCUCCAUUUGCGCAAAAAGCUUUUCCCGCCGGCACCAUUUGAAAGAGCACGUGUGGACGCACCGGGAGGAGAAGCGCUUCAGCUGCUCGGUUUGCGGCGAAGGCUUCAGGUACAAGCACAAUUUGACGCCGCACAUGAGGACGCAUACGGGAGAAAAACCUUUCGCUUGCUCCGUUUGCCACGAGCGCUUCUCCCACAAGUACAACAUGACGAGGCACAUGGCGACGCACGCCAAAGAAAAACCUUUUAGUUGUUCAGUUUGCGGUGACACGUUUGCUCACAAGAUCACUUGGAUUUUACACAAGGCGACGCACACGCAGAAACACAACGGUGAAUAAACGUCCAUGUGGAACCUUUUUUUUUUGUUUGUUUGUUUAGCCUUUGAUUUGAUACUCAGAGGACUUCAGUCAAAUGGAUAAAAAAAAUAAAAUGGACAAAUUAAGAAAUAUUA